GUUGAUUCAAUCCCUGAGCAUAUGAUGCCAGGUACAGCACACAAAGUACAGAAGAGCGGUUCGAACACGGAAAAGUCGAACCAACGGACACCUCGGGCCUGCGAUCGAUGCAGACUCAAGAAGGCCAAGUGUGACGGUGGUGUUGAAUGUGAGACCUGCCGUGUGAAUCAGAGUCGAUGUGUGUAUACUGCCAGAAGGGGGCGGGAGGCCAGAAAAUACUACCUCGAAAUGCGCGAGGUCAUGGAGGAAGCUCUCCACCGCCUCUACUGGGCUUGCCGUGACCGGUCUGGGUACCCUGGGACCAUUCCUGUCGAACAUGAACAGAACGAACCGGUCACCACGACGGACAUACUCGCAAGCUUGGGCCUAUCUGCAACCGGACACGACGAGUUGACUUCAUCUCAAGAGGCAAGCGUCCUAACCUCCUCUUUGCCCUUUUCUGAACAGUCGUUGUCCAAUUCUGGCACCAGUACACAAAGCCCAGUCUCAGCUGUUACAUCUCCUUCGGAGAUGAAGUUUCCCUUACAUCCUCCCCCAAUGCCGCCGGCAAUAUCCCACGGGGCGCCCUUUUUCGCAGCACCAGAGAGACACGAUGGUAUUCCCAGCCGGAUACCUUUGCGGGCAGCAACGCAGCCUGCAGGCAUUUACGGGCUCCGACAGAUCCAGCCCCAGGCAACGAUGGCAUCGAUGGCCUCAAUGAAUUCACUGCCUGCUUCGUUAUUGGAUCCUGAAGGCUCGAUGUUUGUGCCACAGCCGGCUUCCUACCCCAGUCAACUCGACUCAUUUGGCGAUGUUGACCUCGUUGUCAAUGACCAUUUUUGCUGGACAGUGCCUGGACCUUCCUUCAAUGGAGAAUCCUAUGACCCAGUCUGA